CUUAGGGGAAAAGAAGAUGGCGCUGCCCGCGUAGUAGCAAAACUAAUCGAAUUUUGUGUUUAGUCACAUGAAGAUAGAAAAACAAAAACGGGAUUUCUUCUCGUAUGAAAGUUCGCUAAUCAACGCAACGUAACGUAACGUUGGAGGAGAAUAAAGAACAAACGAUGCCUGCCUUCCGGCAAGUCGGGGAGAAGCAGCUCCCCAACCCCGUGCUGUGUAUGGCAUGGUCGCCCAAAAGAGAUCUCAUCGCUCUGGCCAGUACAACCGGAGAAUUGCUGCUGCACCGCUUGUCCGGUUUCCAGCGGGUUUGGAGCUUAGCGCCCAGCGAGCACAUCGGGAAGGAGAUCACCGCUCUUGCCUGGAGACCCGACGGCAAAAUUCUGGCCUUCAGCCUGGGAGACAUGAAGCAGGUGGUGUUGUGCGGCGUGGAGAAGGCGGAGAUCCUGCACGUGUUCCACAUGCAGAACCCCGUCAGCUGCAUGCACUGGAUGGAGGUGACGGAAGAAAGCAGUGCCCUCGGAUCGUUUUAUCAGUCGGAGGAUGAAUCCAAAUUGUUCCUACCCAAAUUAGCGUCCCUCCCCAAGAACUACAGCACAACAUCGAAGCUCUUCAGUGAGGAGAAGUCUGACGAGAUCAUGAACCUCCUUGGAGAAGUCAGGUUGAACAUACUCGUCCUGGGAGGAGACGCCGGCCAUGUGGAGCUUUACGCCUACGGGAUGUACAAGAUUGCAACGUUAGCCCGAGUUUCCGGAAGCUGUCGCACACUGAGUCUGGCCAGUGACCUCAAGUCUCUGGCCGUCAUCACCGAGGUGAAGUCUGCUGAGGACCACGCAGAGAUUUGCUUUGUGCAGCUGGACACGGGCCUGCUGUCCGAGUGCCUGGCCGAGCUGACCAGGAUGGCGCGCAAGUUCACCCACAUCUCCACGCUGCUGCAGUACCUGCAUCUGUCGCUCACGUGCAUGUGCGAGGCCUGGGAGGAAAUCCUCAUGCAGAUGGACCUCCGCCUCACCAAGUUUGUGCAGGAAAAGAACACCAGCACACAAGUCCAGGACGAGUUCCUAGAACUUCUUUUGUGGGGACAGUCGAGGUGAGGACGCUUAACUUUUUUUCUCCCGCUUCCAUCGCAGGGCCUGAAGAAGCUCGGCCAGACCAUCGAGUCGUCUUACUCCAGCAUCCAGAAGCUGGUGAUUAGCCACCUUCAGAGUGGUUCCGAAGCGCUGCUCUACCACCUGAGCGAGGUCAAGGGCAUGUCCCUGUGGAAGAAGAAGUUCGAGCCCCUCGGCCUGGAUUCGGCCGCCAUCGACGGGGCCAUCACGGCCGUGGGCUCCUUUUCCUUAAAGACCAGCGAACUCCUGCAGGUGAUCGACAAGAGCAUGAAGAACUUUAAAGCCUUUUUCCGCUGGCUGUAUGUCGCGAUGCUAAGAAUGUGCGAUGAGCACGUCCCUCCAGAGCUCAACAAGAUGACGCAGAAGGACAUCGCCUUUGUCGCCGAUUUCCUCUCGGAGCAUUUCAGCGAGAACGAGCAGCUGUUUGAUCGGAAAGGGAAGUACUUCAACAUCGAGCGGGUCGGUCAGUACUUGAAGGAUGAGGACGAGGACCUCGUAUCUCCACCCAGCAGCAAUGGGAACCAGUGGCUCAAGUUUUUACAGGACAGCACGCACCUGAAGGAGAGCCCUCUGCUGUUUCCUUCCUUUCCCCAAAAGUCUUUGCACUUUGUCAAGAGGAUGAUGGAGAACGUGAUCGAGCUGUGUCUGCAGAAACCUGCGGAAGUGAUCGGGAAGUCCGUGAAGCAGGCUGUUUUUCUACCGCUGUACUCGGCGCCACAGCGCUCUGAAAAUACCCCGCGACUUUUUGAGCUUCCAUCCUUGUGGAAUGACAAGAAGGCCAAAAUGCUCUACGUGGUGUUCUGCAUGCCGCACGUUUCGCCCCACAAACUCUACCUGCUACGCAGAGGAAGCGACCCAAGCAGACACAUCCCCAACGGCGUGGCGUCCCUCGACCUCCGCCACCAUCUCGACUCCUCAGACGGCGAGAGCGCGGAACCCCGGCCGCACGACGUCUACAGCUGCCUGGAUGCUCGUUUCUAUAGCGACGAGAUGCUGACGGUGGUCCUCCAGGGAGCGGAAGAAGAAAGCGGGCGCAGUGUCCUGGCACAGCUUCCUCUCUCUUCGACCCUGAACUGUGAGAGUGAAUUCGACUGGAUGCCCAAUAUGAGGUUGGACCAGCAGAGCGCCAGCAUUCCGUGCCAAGGCCUGGUGCUGGGAAAUCAGUGGCGGGAGCUGGAGGGCAUGAAGGCCCAGUUCGUCGCAGUCAACGGCAUCCGAGAAGUAGCCUGCGUGCUGAGCGAAAAUCUGAGGCACCUCCGCGUCUUCGAGAUGGACGUGGAGGAUGAGGACGACGAGGGGACCGAGCAGCAGAACGACGCCGCCGAGCAGGACACGCCGGACGCCACCAUGGCCAGCCAGGGAGACGAGAGCGCCGAGGCCGGACGCAACGAAGCGGGGAAGACCGAAGAGCACUUGGAGUCGGAGGAAACGUCUGAACUGUAGACUCAGAUGCAGAUUAGCUGUUUACUUGGUUUUCUUACUUUUUGUUUACAUGAAAUGGAAAAAUGCAGCUGUUAUUUUCUUAAAGAUAUAAGUGCUUCUGUA